AUGGGCAAUCUUAUUGAGACUUUGAGCAAGGAUGAUCUCGCCACAAGUUGCGGCAUGGUCAGUUUCGUUGGCUACACUGGAUGGUCAACCUAUGGAGGGUAUGGACCGCUGGCAGGAAUGUUUGGACUUGGCUUCGAACAGAUACUCGCUGCGAAGAUCGUUGACUGGAGAGGUGAGACCGUGGAGGUAGGAGAAGAUUUGAUGAGAGGCAUUCGAGGGGCUGGCGGAACAUACGGCGUGAUUGUCGAGAUGACGAUUAAGGUCUACCCCCUCAAACAUAUCCUCACGGGAAUUCUGCGUCACGACACCAGCGACGUUCAAUCGACCGUAAAGUCUUACUGCUCCAGACUCCAGAAAAUGCGCGCUGAAGGAUUUCCACCGCAACUAUGCGUGGCGCCACUUUUCUUCCACUUGCCUGACGGACUCGUGCUGGCUUCCCAUUUCAUGUGGGCCGAUAAGGACGAGGAGACCGGUCACAGAUGGCUUGAUAAAGUCUCCAAACUUGGCAAGACCAUCGGCAGCGGGGUGAGAAAGACAACACUUCUCGAAGGAAUGAAGGAUUUUGACUUUGUUAGUGGUCAGGGUUCGGUUGACACCAUCAGUCUUCGCAAGCUCAGUGAUGAAGUGACGGAUGUCAUUGCAAAGCACAUUCAGAAGAUGCCCCGGCAACCCGGAAACGGCUUUGCGAUCCACGUGGCUCCUCGGCCAACUACAUCCAGCCUCGAAAAAUCUGUCUUCGCCACUUCUGAAGCCCACCUUAUGUUGGGGUUUCUUUACGGAGGGGAGACAAGCGACGGACUAGAAGAGUCGCGACAGUGGGCGAACAACUUUUUGCAUGAUAUGAAACAGACCGACCAGGACAACAUUCUUCAAUCCACGUACAUCUCACUUACGCCUGCAGGCCGUAACACACUCAAGCGGAUCUAUGGAGCGAACUAUCCUUCUGUGGUGUCACUCAAGGACAAAUACGACCCACACAACGUUUUCAAGCUCGCUGUGCCGUUUUGCUACCUUGAAUAG